AUGCAAUCGCUACUAUCGAGAACAUGGAUUCGUGGUGUUAGCCAGCGAUCCCCUCGAUCUCCAAUAUCCCCCAUCAGAUUGCAAACACGGAAACUUUCCGACUUCACUGCGACGAUCCAAACGUUGACCGACUCAUUCAUCACCCUUCAUUCAUCGCUGGGGGUUCCAUGGUGGGUGCUUGUGCCAAUGGUGACGUUUGCAUUCAGAUCCACCAUCACUCUACCAUUAGCGGUUCUCAACCGCAAAAGAAUAUUGAAACAAAGACUGCUUCGGCCGAUUCUUGAUUCGAUGUACCCGAUCCUCAAAUUCAACUUGAUGCGUAAAGUAUUGAAACGCAAUAAAGUCUCAUCAUCAUCAUCAUCAUCAUCAUCAUCAUCAUCAUCAUCAACAACAGCAACAGCAACAGCAACAACAACCAAGAAUCCAAACGACAUGGUGGUAUCUACUACUGAUCCAUUCGCAUCGCUAUCGUACGAACAAGUGGUGCUUCUUGCCGCCAAGGAGAAACGUAAACGUCAAAAGAAAUUGUACCGUGAGAAUCGUUGCCAAGUAUGGAAGAAUUUCUGUCUUCCGGUAUUACAAAUUCCUCUUUGGAUCAUGGUAUCUUUAACGAUCAGGAAUCUUUGUGGGUGGAACAGUUUCUUGAUUUCCUCGGGAUCCGAGGUCCUGAAAAUCGAUCCGUCGUUGCUCGAUGGGGGGAUAUUAUGGUUUUCUGAUUUAUCGCACGCCGAUCCAUACGGGAUCUUACCGGUGAUGUUGGGGGUGGUAUCAUUGACGAAUAUGGAACUCGUGGCGAAGUUUAAUCCCAUGGGUAAAAAUGGCAGUGGCAGUGGCAGCAGUGGCAGGUUUGUCAAAGAUACGUUUUCCAAUCGUCGGACGGUGUACGAUUCGAUGUUGGAUAUUUCUCGAUUAUCGGUAGUGUUUCUCAUGGGGAUUGCUUCACAGGCUCCAGCGAUCUUGACAUUAUAUUGGAUCAGUUCAAAUGUGUUCUCAUUGAUUCAGAACGUGGUGUUCCAAUACGUGUGGCCAUUGAACCCCGGGUUCUAUAAUGAAAAUUUCAUGAUCAAUGAUCAAAAAGUUUAUUCUAAAGAAACCGAGACCCUAAGUUAUAUGAACGAUGGGGGUAGACUGUCGAAUAAUAACGGGGAAAUUAAAAAGAUGACAGGACAAGAAGUGGAUGAUUUGCUUAAAUUGGAAAUGAAAUGA